AUGAGAGAUUCUUCCUUGGUAAGGAAAGCCAAGUUUUUAGGGAUUUGUUUGAGCGAUUCGGUGGAAAUCUGGGCUGGGAAUGGUCCGCAUUUAAACCAAUCGUGGUCCAAGAUCUCGUCUAGCGAAGGUCUGUUUGUUGGAUCGGUGGAGAGCAGCUUCACAAUCAAAUCUUUGGAUUCUGCAGAAGCCACAGAGUCUGAAGGAAAUUUUGGCCAGACCGAAGUCUCCAAUUUUGAUGUUCAUGUCUGGGUCAAAGAAGAUGUUUCCAAGCUUCAAGUCUCUGUGGACGACUCUUCUUCUGUGCAAGUAUUUGAUAGCACCGAUGAUUUGAACCAUGAAAAGUCUCACUUCUGGUUCACUCAAAACUUUUCUGGCCUUGAGAAGGUCCAUCAGCGACUGAUGAGGACAAAUCUCCAACAAAAUGUAGACAUUAACAUCGUCUUCGAAACAGUCAACGAACUGGACAAUGUUGGGAUGAGACAUGCUCUUGUGGAUUUUGAUCUCACUCAAAAGCUUGGUCUUGGUCUUCUCGUUCUUGAUGGACGCCUUAGCAACGGUCUUGGCAGCGUAGAUACGGCCACUCUCGUCUUUCAUUUGGAAACAUCUGGCAAAUCCUCCUUCACCAAGGAACAGUCCUCUAUGAUAACCUCUUCCAUUUCUGGUGCGAACCACACUUGGCGGAGUCUUACACAGCGAGCUGAGCUUCUCCUUCUUCUUUUUGGUUUUUGUCUCCGGCUUGGAAACUGA